GCGAAAUUUUAUCAGUUUUCUUUACCUGACCUUUCCUUAUUCCGGUUGUAACAGGAAAUAUGAUAAUUGCCCCUAUAGUUGAUUAGCUGCUGGUGUUGAUAACAUGCUGCUAAUAUAUGAUAAGCCUGUACUGUGUAUGUCUGUACACAAGUGGAAAUUAAUAUUAGCGGGACAAUCUCUGGACAGUUUGCAAGGGAUAUUUGAUAGUAAAACAAUUCAUAAAGUGACAGAUGUUUCGUAAAGUAACCUGAAACAUUUAUUUCGAUCAUUUUCAUUUUCAUUAUUUACUCCGGAGUUUACGAAAAAUAAGAUUAAAAUGUUUGAAAUCCUUUAUCUGGGAUUAUAUUUAUUGCUCUUUGGAAAUUGUAUUGGUGACUACUCAGAUGGGGAAACAAAAUGGCAAAUGCUAUGUCCUGGUUUAUAUCCCAGAGCUUUUACAAGCUAUACACCUCGUGGAAACCUUUCUAGUGGAAUAUAUACUCCUCAACCUCACUUGAAUGGCAUAAAGCAUUGUGUAGCUACAUGCUGUACAAAGCCCACAUGUAAUGUGGCAUUUAUGCAUAAUGGUACUUGUUACCAUAUACAAUGUAAAAGUUCCAAAAUAUGUAUACCAUUCUAUAGAAAAGAUUUGGCAAAUGAAAAUCCUCCAAGUAUGGUCUUAGUUAAGCCUGUGGAAGAUGAUGAGAUGUGGAGUGAUUUGUUGGAUCAAAUAAGUGACGAUACUGGAGGUUUCCUUAUGGAUGGUGCAGAAAGAGAUCACAUUCUUUUUGGUGGAUCAAAUGAGAUAAGUUGUAUCACUCAGACAAACUGUUUAGAACAUGAAGUAUGUGUUAAAAGUGGGGAUAAGUCUGAUGUUGGAAUUUGUCAGUGUUCUAUUGGAUUUAAACGCAAUCUUGAUGGAAUUUGUAGUUUGGUGGAGGACAUAGAACUUGGUGUUACACCACAAAUAAAGGCACAAAAUAUAAAAGAUUCCAGUACAUCUAUGAAACCACCUAUAAAAAGGCUAUUAGUUUCUGCAGUUUCAAAAGAGGUACGGUUACCAGAGAAUGAAGUAACAUUGUCUGCUUAUACUGUGCCAGCUGAACAGGAAAAUGAACAUUACAAUUAUGCAUGGAGUCUUUUAAGUCAACCAGAAAGUCAUACUGGCACAAUGAUUGAUCAAAAUCGUAUGACUGUUAAAUUAAGUAAUUUGUCAGAAGGUUUAUAUACAUUUAAAGUAACAGUAAAUAAUCCAAAUGCCAAUGGUGAAGCAUAUGCAAAUGUCAGUGUUUUACCACCUAAAAGAAUAAACCAAGCACCAAUUGCCAUAAUUUCACCUGCAUCGCAAGUUGUAAAAUUACCAAAUACCGGAGCUGUGUUAGAUGGUUCAUCGAGUAAAGAUGAUGAUCGUGUCAUUUCGUAUCACUGGGAAUUACAACAAGGUCCUAUCGGAUAUCAACCAAAUCUAGUCGAUACACCUACCCUACAGUUAGAUAAUCUUAUUCCUGGAAACUAUACGUUUAAAUUGACCGUCGAAGAUUCCGAUCAUAUCACCAAUUCUACGAGUGCUAAUAUAACGGUUUUGAAAGUAACCGAUUAUCCUCCUAGCGCAAAUGCUGGUCAAGAUAUUAUAAUAUAUUUACCUCAAAAUACAUUGACACUGAAUGGUAACUUGAGUACAGAUGAUCAUGGAAUAGCGAGUUGGGAAUGGACAAAGAGUCCCUCGGACCAGAACAAAGCAGUGGAUAUGCAAAACACGAGAACGCCGUAUUUACAACUGUCUAAUUUGGAGGAGGGAAUGUAUACAUUUGUGCUAAAAGUAACAGACGAUUCUGAGCAGUCUUCUACAGCUGAAGUUCAUGUGUUUGUAAAACCACCAACGAAUAAACCACCAAAAGCCGAUGCAGGCGAAGAUAUAACUAUAGCAUUACCAGAAACACGAACUGUACUGAACGGACAGAAAAGUAAAGACGAUAUUAAGAUUGUAUCUUACCAAUGGGAGCAAGUGAGCGGGCCUAAUAAGGCUGAAUUUUCAGCAGUCAAUGAAUCGCUUACUAAUGUUACGAAACUGACGAAGGGUGAUUACGAAUUCAAAUUAACCGUGAUCGACGAUAAUGGAAAUAAAGAUUCAGAUACUGUUAAAGUAAAAGUUACACAAAAUAAAAAUGCUCCUCCGAAAGCAAACGCAGGCGGUGAUCAAGUAGUCGUGGCACCUAUUAGUGCAUUGAUUAUUAAUGGAUCUCAGUCAACUGAUGAUUUAAGAAUUAGUGAAUGGAUAUGGACUAAAGAUCCGUCUAGUCUUGCUAUAGGUACCAUAGUUCAGAGUACAGACAAAUCAUCGGUUUUAAUGUUGACAGAUAUCGUUCCAGGUAGAUAUGUUUUUAGAUUAAAAGUAAUGGACGAUCAGGGUCUUAGUAGUGAAGAUACCGUCUCCGUAAUAGUUAAACCUGAUCCACAAUUACUACACUUGGUUGAAUUGACGUUGAACAUCGGAGCAAACAUGUUAACAGUAUCGCAAAAGAAUUCAUUGGUACUAAAGCUACAAAUGUUAUUGCGGGAUGAAGCAUCAAUCAAUGUGCGAAACUUAAGAGCAGAACCACAAACAGGCAGAGCUGUCUUAGUUUUCUACGUUGAAAAGAAAGGUGGAAAGGCUACUAUGCACGGACCGGAAGUAGUUAAACGGUUAAAAGAAAAAUUAAGACAAGAUUCUGGACUACUUCAAUUGUCUGUUGCUAAUAUCGAUACUGCCGUAUGCCAGAACAAUUGUUCAGGUUAUGGAGUAUGUGAUCAAGAGACAAGGUUAUGCAUGUGUGAGGCAUUUUGGAUGGAAAAUUUAAUACAGAAAUACUUUGGUAAUGGUGACUCCAAUUGCGAUUGGAGCAUUCUCUAUGUGAUAAUAGCAUUAUUAUCUCUAGUCGUGUGUUGGGUUGGUCUUGUUUGGGGCCUCGUUUGUCUAUGCCAAAGAAUAUGUACAGGCAAGCGACGUUCACUUCGCACUAAGAAGAAACCACCCCGUUAUUCUCUUUUGCAACCGGAACCGGAAGACAUUACGCCAUACAAAAUGGUACUAUCUGAAUCGGAUAGUGAUUCUGAUGACAUCGUGUUCGUAGAUCGUAAGUUGAAAAAAAGCAGUCAAGUAAGAAAUGGUGAAUCACGAAACGGCUUUAUUAAAAUGGGUUCUAGAGUGAAAACAUGAGGAAUGUAUAGAACGUAAGAUCUCGUAAAGCGACGCACAUCUGUGUACGUUUGGCC